UGCCCCCAAUCAUGUGAUCUCUCAUUCCUCCAACAUACUCCAGACACUAUAAGAAAAAUGGACUUUUGUGAAUAGUUGCAAAUAGUCAUUUCCCCUCAAUCCCAUGUGAAAAUAGCGAUCGACCGUCUAACGGAAGAAAAUGAAAACCAUAAAAAAACCUUGUAUAGUUGUUAUCCGCACACGUUAAUCAUAUACUGAAAACCGAGUCAAUCUCUAAUCUGAUAGUGAUGCUCCUCUCAAACACCCCAUGUAUGUAAAUCAUUCACCAAAUAGGGUCAUAUAUACGAACGCCAACUUAAUUCACAUGCACCGAUCGAGAAUCUAAAGCCAAGCAGCAAGAUCAUGGCGCCUCAAAAAAAGCGAGGAAAGGAGAGAAUUUGCUUUAUGAGUGAGAGUGAGGAGUCUGAUCUAGAUGAUAUAGAAACUGGGGUCACCGAAACUUCUUCUCAGAGUACUUGUUGCAUCUACCGUCUCCCUGAGACGCUCGUUGAGAUCAACGACAAGAAAUGGUUCCUGCCUCGCGUCGUCUCCAUCGGGCCUUACCACCGCCAUGAGCCUCGCCUCGAGGCGAUUCAAAAGCACAAGCGACACUUCCACCGCCUUUUUCUUUCCAGGGCUAAUAAACAAAAGGAGGAUUUGAUGGAAAUCGUACGCCCACUUGAAGCAAAAGCCAAAGGUUAUUACUCAGAAAAGAUUAGAUUCAGUAAUUGCACGCCCGAGGGGAAAAACCCGUUCCUCGAAAUGAUGAUUCUUGAUGGUUGUUUUAUAUUAGAAUUGUUUCGAAUGCUUGAAAAACCGAGACUGCCGGAGUCCAAUGACCCUCUGACCCCCGUGGCAUGGGCAGUACCACAUUUCUAUGGGGAUCUUCUUCUUCUCGAGAAUCAAAUCCCCUUUUUUGUUCUGGAAAAGUUAUUUGAAACUUCCAGAAAACCUCACGAGAAAGAUUCUUUGUCCAUGCUCGCUUUGAGAUUCUUCAAUAAGGCAAUGCAAAAACCGGCCAUGGAGAAACUCAGUAAGAGGAGCGGAAAGCUUAGUGAUGACAUUUUGCAUCUGCUGGACUUGGUUCGGAAAACUUUUAUUACCCCCGAUCUAGAUGAGCCACCAAAGAAUGAGGGAAAAUCAGGAACCCCUGUGAUUUACUGCAUCUCGAAGCUCCUCAAAGCUGGGAUUAAGAUCAAGUUGCGUGAGGCGGAUAGCUUCUUGGCUGUAAAAUUCAAGAAGGGUGUGAUUGAGAUGCCCAAAAUAACCCUUGAUUAUUUCAUGAAGUCUUUCUUGGUGAACUGCCGGGCAUUCGAGCAGUUGCAAAACAGAAGGUCCAAGCACAUCACAGUUUACGCUUAUUUCUUGGACUGCCUUGUAAACACAGCCAAGGAUGUCGAGUACCUUUACGAACGUAAAAUCAUUGACGGUUAUCUCGGGAAGAAUGGAGAGGCCGUGCUGUUCAUCAACAAAUUGGGCAAGGAGAAUGAUGUUGAAACCGAUCAGUUUUAUUUGUCCAAGUUUUUCAAUGACGUGAACGAUCAUUAUAAGAACACGUGCAACGUGCAACUGACGGGGUUCAAGCAUAGGUACUUUAAUACGCCAUGGUCAUGCAUUUCGGCAUCGGCUGCCUUUGUGCUUUUAGUUUUAACCUUUUUGCAGACCUACUACACCAUCUACGCUUAUGUGCAUCCUAAAGUUGUACGUGUGCUUGAUUAAUUUAAGGAUUGUGUUGUCUCUUUCACGGCCUGGCCACUCGUAACCAGAGUAUAAUCAGUGGUUAAGUUUUUGUUUUCGGUUGAUUGAUCUUUACUUGUAAGCCUUAAAUAUAAGUUAUAUAACCUGCUACUGGUUUGGAAUAAAAUUAAAGAUUUGAAGUUCUUAUCUGAA